AUGUACAUCCGAAACAACCUCCUCGUCUUGGCCCUCUGCCUCUCCGUUCUCGCCUCCCCGGCUUCGAAGAGCGGCUCGAGCAAGGGCGCGAAGCACAGCGGGGCCGCCAAGGCGCAUAAUACGCGUCCGGCGCAUGCGCCCAAGGGUACUCAUGCUCCGAAAUCCGGUGCCGGAUCUACUGGCGGCGGCGGCGGCGGCGGCUCCGGUUCCGCCGCCGGCAACGGUACGAGCUCGGGCGGCACAAACACGGAGCUGCAGACGACCUUCCCCACGCCCAAGGGCUCGCAGAACCUCGCGGCCGUCAAGACCAUUGCCGCGGGCCAGUCGUUCGACGGCGGGAUGCAGCUGUGGGACCGUAGCCCAAGCACGUGUCACGGCCAGGCCGAAGGCGGGAACAAGGACGCCGUCUUCAUUCUGGAGGAGGGCUCUACGAUUAGCAACGUCGUGAUUGGCCCGAACAAUGGUGAGGGAAUCCAUUGCCUGGGUAGCUGUACGAUCAACAAUGUCUGGUUCCAAAAGGUUUGCGAGGAUGCCAUAACCUUCCGCCAGGAAUCCGGCACCUCAUACGUCAACGGCGGCGGCGCGCAGGACGCCGAGGACAAGGUCCUGCAGCACGACGGCGGUGGCACGGUGGCGGUCAAGAACUACUUUUGCAAGAACUGCAGCAAGAUGUACAGGAGCUGCGGCAACUGCAAGAAGCAGACGGCGCGGCACGCAACUUUUGACAACAUCAGGCUCGACGGCGGCAAGGUCGUUGCGGGCGUCAACGGGAACCUCGGCGACGGCGUGACCGUCUCGAACUCGUGCGUGCUGGGCGGUGCGGAUGUCUGUGAGAACUUUGAGGGCAACAACAGCGGUGCCGAGCCGCCGCUAAAGAGCAAGGGGCCGGAUGGCAAGAUUUGCGUCGCGAACAAUGUUAAGACUAGCGGGUGCUAG